AUGUCGAACCCACGAAUUGAAGAGGUGCUGGACGAUGAUGAGGUGGCAGACGACCCAGAGGAGAUGGACCUGGAUGCCUUCGAUUUUGCACGGCCACAACAGGGAUCGCUGGGACAGCAGGCCGACGCGAUCACAGAAGCUCCCUCGCAGAUGACUCCAAACAUGAUGCAAGCGCUACUGCAAGGCCAACAGCAACAUGCAAGUUCUGGACAGACGUCCGUCCCUCAGGCGCCAAGAGGAAUGAGUGCACAGGAUCGAGAGAGGUACCAACGGGAACAGCAAGAGAAGAGCAAGGCCUAUCAGUGCAUCUAUCCGGUGUACUUUGACAGCACACGCAGCCGAGAGGAAGGACGAAGAGUCCCGAAGGUGGACGCAGUACCGAACCCACUGGCGCGUGAGAUUGUGGAAGCGCUGUCACAGAUUGGUCAGAAGCACAAUGUGCCGCUACAGAUCGUAUUCGAGCCAACAAAGACACAUCCUAAGGACUGGGCGAAUCCUGGUCGGGUGAAGGUUCUCGUGAAGGAGAAUGGUACGGCGGUCAACGCCAAAAUUCAUAACAGUCAGUACAUGUGCAUACCCUCUAUGCUCUUUGUCUCGCCGUGCUGCAUGUGCUGUUGAACAGAGGCAUCCCGCCGUAGCGAUGAAGCGAUGGCGCAAAGCUCGCAUUGAGGAAGCGAAGUGGCAGCUGUGAGAGAGGCCGCACUGACCUAUGAGACAGAAUACCACCUCUACAAGAUGAUAUCCGAGUAUCUGAAAUCGCACCCCACGACCAAAGAGACGCCGAAACGCUUGCAGAUCCAAGGCGUGCCGGUACCGAAGGAAAUCACGGCGCCUGCCAUCCCCCGAGGCUUCAAAAUUGGCACGAUCCUACCACUUCACUCCCCCGCCCUCUCUGGAGGCGGAGUGUUCGAGAACAUGUUCAAAGAUAUGGUAUGUACUAUAUCCUCAGCCAGGCCUAGGCUUGGUGACGUGUCUUAAUUCGUAGAGGGAUCGUCAUAAGAUCACAUGCGAUGAAUGGCGCAGUCAAUGCCGCAACUAGCCUUGAGGAUUUGAUCCUUCACUAACACCUCAUAGGCUCAAAUGAUGGGCGGUCAAGCACCCGGAGGCUUUGGCGGUGAAGAAGCCAGCAGCACGAAUCAGAAAAAAGCAAGGGACAAAAGGAAGAAAUGA